UGAUGCGGCCAGUCACCUCUCUUCAGUCGCAAAGCUGUUCAGGAGACUCAAUAAUGUUUCUGCUAUUAUCGAUAUAAGUUAAUUCAAAGGUUUUGUGUUAUUUAUUAAAAUCUAAUAAUGUUGGAAGAAGAGUUGAAAGUCCCUGACGAGCUUUUUAAGGAGGUGAAGUUUUAUGUCGUCGGGGAUAUUGACCAAAAGGUGGUGCAGCUGCUGAAGUCGGGGAAAGGAAAGGAAGUGUCGUACAUCGCCCUCGCCACGCACAUCAUCACGGAGGAUGGAGACAACUCCGAGGUCAGCGAGGCGCGCGAGGUCUUCUUCUUACCUGUGGUAAAGCCCACGUGGGUGAUCCUGUCGGUCCGAUGUGGCGACCUGCUUCCCGUCACGGGCUUUUCUCCCGAGUCGGGCCAGUUGUUCUUCGGCGUGCGGGCGUGUUUACCUCACCUGACGGAGGAUCUCAGCACCCUGUGGGCCUUUAUUACGUUUUACGGAGGAGAAUGUCAGCUGAAUUUCAACAAGAAGUGUACACAUCUGGUGGUUCCUGAACCCAAGGGGGCAAAAUACGAAUGUGCUCUGAGACACAGCGGGAUUAAAAUCGUCACGCCGGAGUGGAUCACCAACUCGGUUAAGGACAAGAGCAGGAAGGAUGAGGCGCUUUACCACCCGAGGCUCACCUACUACGAGGAAGAGGAAGAGGAGGAGGAAGAUGAGGUCAGCGAGGACGAGAACGAGCGUAGUUCGCGCUCCGAAGGCAGCAAGCGCUCCAGCCCUGCCUCGUCGCGAGGGGCGUCGCCUUCCAGGCGUCCUUCGCCCAAAGCCGAGGUCAUGUUCGACGACUCGGACGAAUCGGAUAAAGAGGAGCUCAACCUGAACUGGACGCUGUCUAAGCACCGCCUCCAACCGAGCAAAGACACGGCGCUCAUUAACCUGUGCGACAGCGUUCCUCCUGUGCCAGGUAACGCCCAGGGGGCGGAGCGUUCCGAGAUGAUUGGUGGGUGGAAUUCUGGGCCACGCCCAUUGCGGAACAUCACUAAGAGCGGAGAGCAGCAGCUUCCGCGGCCGGCCAACGUCGCACACAUUCUCCAGAGUCUGACCUCUAAAAGCGUCGAACCGCAGGGGAAUCAGAACCAACCCGGCGUCCCGAAUCAGCUGCUCUUCAACGCUGCGAAACCGCCGCAGCACGCAGCACCACAACUCGCUCCUGAAGUGCAGCAGCAGUUACUCCAACACCAGCAACAACAACUGCAACAACAACAACAACAACAACAACAGCAACAACAACAGCAGCAACAACAACAACAACAGCAGCAGCAGCAGCAACAACAACAACAGCAACAGCAGCAGCAGCAGCAGCAAACACACCAGAUCCCUCUACCACCACAACAACAACAACAACAGCAACAACAACAACAACAACAACAUGCGCAGCAGAUGCUCCAGCAGCAUCCCAUGAUGCACCUGCAGCCGCCGCCGGGCAUGCAAAUACAUCAUCCGCAGCAGCAGCAGCAGCAACAAGCGCCGCCGCCGCAGCAGGCAGGGUUUCCUCAAAUGCCGCAACAGCCGCAUCAGUUCCUGCAGCAGCAGAUGCACCAGCAGUUGUACUCGCAGCAGCAGCAGCAGCAUCCGCAACAGCAGCACGGCUUCCUGCAGCAGCAACUGCGACCGCCGCAGCAACAGCAGCUUCUCCGACCGCCCUUGCAGCAACAGCAGCUGCAGCAGCAACAGCAGCAUGUGUUACAGCAGCAGCAGCUGCUGCAGCAACACAGGCUUCAGCUGCAACUGCAGCAGCAGCAGCAGCAGCAACAACAACAACAACAACAACAACAACAGCAACAACAACAGCAGCAGCAAAAUCAGCAGCAGUUGCACCAGCAACAUUUGCAACAACAACAACAACAGCAGCAGCAGCAUUUCCUGCAACAGCAGCAACAGCACAUGCAGCACCUGCAGCAGCAGCAGCAACACUUGCAGCAGCAGCACCAGCAGCAGCAACAGAUGCAGAACACGCAGGCUCUGCAGCAUCAGACGCAGACGCAGCUGCAGCUCGUGCAGCCGCAUCAACUGCUGGGCCACGAACCCGGGCAGGAGAUUCCUGAAGAUGGCUUCCUCGUCGGCUGCGUCUUCGCCAUCGCUGAUUAUCCGGAGCAGAUGGCUGACAAGCAGCUCCUGGCCACGUGGAAGCGGAUCAUUCAGGCGUACGGCGGCUCCGUGGACUCGGCGUUGAAUCGCUGCACUCACUUACUGUGUGAAAGUCAAGUCAGCAGCAUGUACCUGCAGGCUUUGAGGGAAGGCAAGCGCUGCGUUACGGCUCACUGGCUCAACACGGUGCUGAAGAAGAAGAAGAUGGUUCCUCCUCACCGCACGCUCCAUCUGCCCUUCAGCUUCCCCCCAGGAGCCAAACCCUGCUCGCAGCACAUUAUUUCAGUCACAGGGUUUGUGGACAGCGAUCGAGAGGACCUGAAGCUCAUGGCCUACUUAGCCGGAGCUCGCUACACGGGAUACCUGUGUCGCAGCAACACCGUCCUCAUCUGCAAAGAGCCGAGUGGGCUAAAGUACGAGAAGGCGAAGGAGUGGAGAAUCCCGUGCGUAAACGCGCAGUGGCUGUGCGACAUCCUGCUGGGAAAUUUCGAGGCUUUACGGCAGAUCCAGCACAGCCGAUACACUCAGUUCAACUUAACCGAACCUCUCGCUCCGAACACACACCUCGUCCAGAACCUGCUGGCUGCUUGGAGAAAUCCUGUAAAAGUCUCGCCGGAAGCGUUGGUGAGCCUCCGUCUGCAGCAGAAACAGAAACAGGCCGAGGGAACCUCACAGCCACCUGCCAAGAAGCCCAAAAUAGAGGAGCUGCCCACGCCGUCUAAAAAGCUUCCUCCGGAGUCGACUCCGUAUGUUUUCUUCACUGGUUUUGAACCUGUUCAGGCCCAGCAGUAUAUAAAGAGAUUGUACGAGCUCGGCGGUGAAGUGGCGGAGAGCGCGCAGAAGUGCACUCAUCUGGUGGCCAGCAAAGUGACGCGCACGGUCAAGUUCCUGACGGCCAUCUCUGUCGUUAAGCACAUCGUCACUCCGGAGUGGCUGCAGGAGAGCUGGAAAUGCCAGAAAUUUGUGGAUGAACAGAGUUACAUGCUGAGGGACGCCGAGGCUGAGGUGCUCUUCUGUUUCAGUCUGGAGGAAUCACUAAAGAAAGCUCACGCUGCUCCACUCUUCAAGGGCAAAUUCUUCUACAUAACGCCGGGAAUCUGUCCGAGCCUCAGCACCAUGAGAGCCAUCGUAGAGAGCGCCGGAGGGAAACUGCUGUCCAGACAGCCGUCCUUCCGUAAGAUCAUGGAGCACAAGCAGAACAAGAACCUACCGGAAAUCAUCCUCAUCUCAUGCGACAACGAUCUGCAUCUGUGCCGGGAAUAUUUUCUGAAGAACAUCGAUGUACACAACGCUGAGUUCAUCCUCACAGGAGUACUGACGCAGACGCUGGAUUAUCAAUCGUAUAAAUUCACAUGAUCGGGAGGACGUCCUCGGGAAGAGAACACUAAACUCUCUCUGUACUGGUCGACGCCGAAGGUUCCUUUUUUUAUAAAUAUAUAUAAAAGAAAGACAAUACAGUUUGUUCCUUUGUUUUUUUUUUUUUCCUUCUUUUUCUCUUUUUUUUUUUUUGUACCUGGUUGACAAGUCUUUUUUGUAGAAAUUACUGGUGGGGGAAAAAAAUAAAUAAAUAAAUCGCCGUUAUUUUUUAAUGAUUGUUUUAAAUUAUGGCACAUUUUUCCUGGUUUGUUUUUGUCUCGCUUUUUGGAAUAAAAGUCUCCUUAUUGUGACCCAAACCAAACACAUUUUACGUCAUUGUGUGUCGUGUAGGUAGAAACACACAAUAAAAAUGUACUACAGUGUGUAAAAUAUUCUACUUCGGACUAGGAAGAUGCCGAUAUUAAUUUUUCUUCUCAUUGUAAUUACCUUUUUAUAAUUUUUUUUAGAAUAAAAUUGUGUUAUAUAGGAAAGCAUUGUUUAAAAAAAAAAAAAAAAAGGGCAAGAAA